AUGGCAGUCAGGGCCAAGGCCAUGGGGCCCCCCUCGCUGCUGCUGCUGCUGGUCUGCGUCCCAGGCUGUGUGUCCCUGAGCGGCCCCAGCAGGGUGACGGGCACCGCGGGGGGCUCCCUGAGCCUGCAGUACCAGUACGAGGAGGCAUUCAAGGCAUUCAACAAGUACUGGUGCCGACAGCCCUGCCUGCCUUUUUGGCAGGAGACCGUGGAGACCCGGGGGGCUGGGGGCGUGGUGAGGAGUGGACGGGUGUCCAUCACGGACCACUCUGAGGAGCUCAGCUUCACUGUGACCCUGGAGAACCUCACUGUCGCCGACACGGGCAAGUACCGGUGUGGGGUUGCGACGACGCUGCAGGAAGAAGACCCCUGGUUCUUCCAGUUUCAGCCCUUCGUGCAGGUCCAGGUGCUCGUGUCCCCAGCCUCCAGCAACCAGAACUGCACAGAGACCCCUGGAACCCCCAUGUCUGCAUCAGAGACCCCCAUGCCUGACCAACAAGGAGGGUCCCUGCUCUGCUCCGCCCCCUUCCUGCUCCUCAUCCUCCUGAAGGUGACCCUGCUGCUGGGCGUGCUGGGGGCUGUCCUCUGGAGGAGCCGGGCCCUGAGGCCUAGGCGUCCCGUGUGGUGCCACUGA